GCACUCUUCGUCUUCUGCGUAACAUUACCUUCAUUUUCUCUUCCUUUCUCAAGGAAAAACCAUUUGUUAAAUUCCCUCAAGUCACAACUUUUUCCAACCAAAAAACAAAUUUGAGGAAAAACAAGUAUCAAAAAAUAAUGUCGCUAGAGUUUAAACUUCUUUUCUUCCCCAACCUUGUUCAGCAACCUAUCUCAACUCUCCAUGCUGCUCUUGCGGUGCUCUUCGUGGUCACUUGUUUCUUCUGGCUUUCUCCAGGUGGGCUUGCAUGGGCCCUGGCAAAGUCCGUUGGUGGGACAGUUAUUCCCGGCCCGUCGGGCCUACCUCUACUUGGUCUCCUUCGUGUCUUCAUGGGGGAGACACCGCACCGUGUCCUUGCUAAGUUGGCCCAGUCCUUUAGGGCCGAUAAGCUCAUGGGCUUUUCAGUGGGCUUAACCCGGUUCGUCAUCUCAAGCGACCCGGCAACUGCUAAAGAGAUUCUGGGAAGCCCAGAUUUUGCUGACAGGCCCGUAAAAGAGUCGGCUUACGAGCUCCUCUUCCAUAGGGCAAUGGGGUUCGCACCGUACGGAGAAUACUGGAGGAACCUGAGGAGGAUCUCGUCGAGCCACUUGUUCUGUCAGAAGAGGCUCACGGGCUUCGAAGGGUUCAGGAGAUCAGUUGGCUUGAACAUGGUGAAAGAUUUCAAGUCCAUGAUGGGAGAGAAGGGACACGUUGAUGUGAAAAAGGUGCUUCAUUUCGGGUCCUUGAACAAUGUAAUGAUGAUGGUGUUUGGGAAGUGCUAUGAAUUUUUGAACGGUAACGAUGGUAACGGUGUUAUGCUUGAAGAGCUUGUUAGUGAAGGGUAUGAGUUGUUGGGUGUUUUUAACUGGAAUGACCAUUUUCCUGUUCUCGGGUGGAUGGACCUUCAGGGUGUGAGGAGAAGGUGUAGGUGUUUGGCUUCAAAGGUGAAUGUGUUUGUUGGGAAGAUUAUAGAGGAUCAUAGGGUGAAGAGGGUUUCGGGUGAGUAUGUUGCUGGUGAAACCGUUGGAGACUUCGUUGAUGUCUUGCUUGAUUUGGAGAAAGAGAACAAGCUCACUGAUUCUGAUAUGAUUGCUGUUCUUUGGGAAAUGAUUUUCAGAGGAACGGACACAGUGGCCAUCUUACUGGAAUGGGUACUUGCAAGAAUGGUUCUUCAUCCAGAUAUGCAAGCCAAGGCACAAGACGAGAUUGAUGAAGUGGUUGGGUCAAGGCCGGUUUUGGAUAUUGACAUACCCAACCUGCCUUACCUACAGUGCAUUGUGAAGGAGGCCCUAAGGUUACACCCACCGGGGCCACUUCUUUCAUGGGCCCGUCUUGCCAUACGCGAUGUCUUCAUUGGGGACAAGCUCGUACCGGCUGGAACCACAGCGAUGGUUAACAUGUGGGCCAUAACGCACAACGAAGAUGUGUGGCCGGAACCUGACGUAUUCAAGCCGGAGAGAUUCAUGGAAAUUGGAAGAGAUGUGAAUAUAAUCGGCUGUGAUCUUAGGCUUGCUCCUUUUGGUGCUGGGAGAAGGGUGUGCCCAGGUAAGUCCAUGGGCCUGGCCACCGUUCACCUCUGGUUUGCUCAGCUUCUCCAGGGCUUUCAGUGGGUCCCGUGUGAGGAAAAGCCUGUGGACUUGUCUGAGUGCCUCAAGCUUUCAAUGGAAAUGAAGUCGCCCCUUAUUUGCAAAGCUGUUCCUAGGGUUGUUGCUUGAUAAAGAGUGAUUAGUUGAGACAUGACUUUUGUGUGUCUGUCUGGGGACAAUAUGGUACUUUUAAGUUAUAAUGAUCUUUUGGUCUAUUUUAAUUUGCUAAGUUUAAGUAGGGUUUAAUUAGGCACAGCCCUUUCAAGAAUCUAGCUAAUGUUUCAAUUUUAAGCUAAUCUUAGAUGCACUUGAGUUUGUGGCAUGAAGUCUUAGGUUUAGAGAAAUGUUUAAUCUCUGUUUAAGGUAAGCUAGAGAGAAAAAGGAGAUCGAGGUAUCUUAAGCUAAUACUUUCAAGUUUGGACUAUGUUUGCAUGAAGCUUGAAAUAUGCAAGUUAAUGUAAAUAUCAGUAAGCUACUUCUAUUAAAUCUGUGAUUUUACUUUAAUA